UUCGCUGCGAACAUGUAACUAUGGUUAAACCUGUUGGAAAAGUUAGUUUAGUUAUCGUAUGUACAUCAUGCUGAUGCAUGCGGUUGCACUAUUGUUUGUGAUAACUGUCGUUGAUUGUGCUUUUAUCAAUCAAGUGAAAAGAGAAAACAGUAUUACUUUAUUUAAUCAAACCAAAGAGGAUACAGGCCGUGGCUUAAUUGAAGCGCGGAAAAAAGAGGAAAAAAAUGAUAUGAUGAGCAGGAUUUUGCCGUUGAUGGUGAUCCCGUUUAUGGUAUCAACUGCGAUGAUUCCGAUGAUGUUGGUCUCUUUGAAGUUUAUGCUUAUGAAAAGUGCCUUUAUUGGAAAAUUAGCUGUAAUAUUGUUGAUUUUGAAUCUAUUUAGAAAUAGGUCGAGUGGAGAAGGUGGUGUUUAUACGCACAAUAUCCAAUUAAGUGAAAUGUCGAUGGCUCAUUACGGGUAUAACGGCGAAGAAGAAUAUGGAGCUUAUGUUAAUGGAAAGAAGAGGAGUUUCAGAUAACUAAUGCUUAUUGUGUUAGAAAUAAUUGAAUUAUUUAUUUAUUUAAUUUAUUUAUGUGUACUUCAUGAGUACGGAUACUGUUUUCUUUGAAAACUUAAAGCCGCUGUUAAAAUCUUUGCUAUUGCUCUUGUUGCAAUUAGGGAUUCUUGUAUAUUGUGUACUAUUUUGUAAAUAAACUCAUUCUGCAAUAAAAA